AGCCAUUUUGGCUGAAGCUGCUCAACAGCGAGCACAGCCCUGUUGCUCAAGCCAGUCGGUCAUGAGCUGCUGGGUGCCGCCGCUUGCUGCUUGAGGAAUGGCGCGGGACGGGCUCCUCCAUGGGGCUCGGGGUCGGUCUCGAGCGGAGCGUUCUGCGGCGUGCUGGCGCGCUCGUGAGGCGGCGGACGCGGCCGUCGCCAAGCUCUCCUCCAGGCUCGCGGAUGCCCAAGGCCUAAUUCCGGCCCUCGAGCUGGACCUUGACGUGGUGGCUCCAGGUUUCGGGGGAGGUGAGCUGAAGCGCAGGCUGAGGCUCAUCAUGCCGGUGCUAGCCGCCGGCAUCGCGGGCGUUCGUGCCGCGGGCAGUGCGCGUGCCAGGCGCAAUUUGGCUGCGCACAACUUCGACAUCUCCGCCGAGAUCAUCGGCGGCGCUUCGCAGAGGGAGCUCAACCAGCUCCAGCGGGCGGGGCGUUCGGGCUCGGCGUGCGCUGCUGUCGGCGCUGCUGGAGGAGGCGCUGCUCUUCGUGCAGAGGCACCCGUUUUCUUUCCUGGGGCGGAGCAUUGGGAGCCUCUUCGUGACCAGGCGUUGGCCGUAACGGGUUUGCGCUGCCACUGCGGCACGGUGGUUUUCAGCUCCUGGGAGCCCAUCGUGCUCGAUGGCGGGGCGUUUGCCGUAAAUCACCUUUCCGAGGAAAACGGGGAUGGCAGCAACGGCAGCGUCGUGAAGGAGAACGCGGAAGCCGACACGCUCUCCGCGGGGAGUGGGUUCGUGGCUUCUGACCUUCCCACAGGCGGGGUCCCUCCCCCCCCACCUGUGGACGGCUCUGAGGAGGGUAUUGCUGCUACAGACGGUGCGCAGGUCAUCGCACAGGAAGUUCCAGACACUGGCGAGGGCGUCUUUCCGGAGCGCGGCCUGGGAGACAAGGGUGGCGUGCUCUCGCCCCUUGUGUCGGCGUUUGGUCGAGGAGGAGGUGUGCGAGGAGUUCCCUUCACUAUCGCCCCUGGUGCAUGUCGCAAGGAAUGCAACGAUCUUGAUGGUGAAGAUCGGAGUGCCGGUUCUAGCGGUUAUAGGGAUCGCCGUGGAGACCCUGUGAAGAACCGUAAGAAUGAGGUUGUUCGUCGCAGUCUUGGGAAUUCCGAUCCAGGCCUGAAGGCACCGCCGUGCGCAGUUUCAAAGACGUCUGGCAUCGGGCCCCCGCGGAAGGUGGAGUGCCAGCAGCAGUGAUGGUGCCUGGCACCCCUGCCCCGUGAUCGGCGUAAGCCCGUGGCAGAGAGAUUCAGCACGAGGUCCUGU